CUCGAUUCCGAAGAUCCGCUACACGCGGGGGCAUCACGGUCACAUGUUCUCCAGUCCUGUCACCAUGGAGACCAGACCGAAGCUGUAAACUCUGUGGGGCUGCCACGCUUUGCUGCGGAGGAAAGAUGGAGGCUUCCACCGAUGAGGACAAAGAGGGGGUUGCACCAGAUCAAGAUGAUGACCUGAAGAUGGAUUAUGCUCGGGAGGAACUGGAAGAGCUGGACCGUGCUCUCAGCGCAGUGAAAAUAGAUACAAGUGCACUAACUAUGCCUGUCAAGUUGGACGGGGAGUACCUGAAGAACUGUCCACACACAUACAAGACGAAUACCAAGAAGGAGAAGAUCCUGAUCGCCCUGGCGGAAAACUUCCGUCGUCAGUACGCCCACAUCUACCCGGACCGCAAGCCGCUGCUGCUCUGCCCCCUCAAUGAGUGUGGGGUGGAGAAGUUUGUGAGUACAACACUGCGCCCAACAGUGUUGUCCUAUCCGGUGUUCUUCAGCUGGGAGGGGUGUGCUAACUUUGUGGCCGACUUCCUAUCUCUGGAGCCGUUGGACCCUCCCACAGAUCCACCCCUGCACCUGUACUCCCCCACCCACGUGCUGAAGACCAGGAGGGGAUCCUGCUUCGACUUCUCCAACCUGCUGUGCAGCCUGCUGCUGGCCGCCGGCUACAACGCCUACUGCGUCAGCGGCUACGCCACCAAGGACCUCUGCCUGCUCAACCUCAACCGUCAGGACUGCCCCCUGCUGGCCAAGAGCCAGAAGGAUGAAGUGGAGCAGGAGGCCCCGGCGGUGCUGAAGUACUCUGUGAAGCCUCCGCGGGACCUGAGCAGCGCCUUCGAGCGGCGGCAGGAGGAGAUGAGGCAGAAGGAGGCGCAGGCAGCACGCCUCAAAAAACAACAGGAGGCCGACCGCCUGCAGGAGGAACUGGAGAAGCCUCCACCUGACCCCCUGUACGGGCUGCGUGUGCACUGCUGGGUGCUGGUGAAGUGCGGUGCCCGCGAGGUGCCCGAGGACUUCUUCAUCGAACCGCUGAGCGGCAAGACCUUCACCACUUCCAACCAGAACUUCCUGGGCAUCGAGAGCGCCUGGAACCACCUCAACUAUUGGAUCAACAUGCAGGACUGCCGACAUGGCUGCAAGGACAUGGUCUUCGACCUGGGAGAUCCAGUCAAAUGGGAGUACAUGCUUUGUGGAGACACCAGCCAAUCACUCUUACUCAUGCAAUCCACAAAGAAGCAGGAGUUUGAGGACGAGGAGGAGGAGAAGGAGGACACCAAGGUGUUUCAGAUGCCCCAGUCCUGGGUCAAAGAACUCCAAAUCUCACAGCAAGAUAUGGAGAUGCGUUUCCCAGGAGGUGUGAAGGUUAUACCGUACCGCAAGGCUAAGCUGGAAAAGUUUGCCCCGUACCUGCUGAAGGACGGCCUGGUCACACGCCUCACCACCUACCACGACCUCGACUGCACUGAGGUAAAUAUUGUGAAAGAGUGGUACCAGAACAGGAACGACCAUUUGGAGGAGCGAGAACUGCGGAAGGCCGGAAAUGUCACGCUGGAACAUUUCAGACGGGGAAGAAGCUUCUCACUAAAACAUCACAGGUAUGUGACCCUGACGCCGGAUUCGGACCGCGAGAUGGAGUUCUACAGCCAGGCUCGAGCAGACGGGCUGGCUCGCCGGGUCGAGAAAGAUUCUGAGAUGACCGAAUACUUUGACGACCGGCCCGACUUCCUCUACUACCGGCACAUUGUGUUCGGCAAGCGCAAGAGAGUCGCCAUUGUAGAACAAGUUGUGGACCAGGGACAUCGCCCUCUAGUGAAGGUGGUAGAGCGCUUCCAUAGGGACAGCUCAAAGGCGGCCAGUGAGGACAUAGCAGAGCGCAUCUUCCUGGUGUCAGAGCACCGUAUCCAGGUGACGUACCACCGUGACGCCGACCGCAUCAUCCCCGCCUGGAGGAACUUCACCAAGCCCAACGACUCCGGAGACACGCAGCAGAAACAGGUCUUCAAGCCGGAGAUGGCCUCCACGUUUCAGGUAGACCCAUUUCAGAAGCCCAGUAAGAACCUGUUUCUCUACAAGACACUGGUGGACCAGAUGAAAGCGGAGGAGAAGGUUGCUCAGAGGAUCAAGGACUCUGAGAAAGAGGUGAGGGCUAUCCUUGAUAUACGCGGGCAUGAGGAGAAGAACGUUGAGCUGCACAUUUCCAUUUACAACACAGCCCGAAACGACAAGGCUCGCAAACAUCGGGAAGCACUGGAGCGCUUGGCUGAGGAGGCGCGCCUACUGCAGGAGGAGAAGGAGCUGGACUACCUGGCCCCCUUCCUGGCGCAGCUGGGUGAUCCGGAGAAGCUCACCCGCUCCAUGGCCCAGCGGCUGCGCAUGGAGUGCCUGGCCGACAUCAAGCAGCGCCUCAUAGACAAGGCCAACCUCAUCCAGUCACGCUUUGAGAAGGAGACCCAGGAACUGCAGCAGAAGCAGCAGUGGUACCAGAAGAACCAGGCCAACAUGAACAAAGAGGACGAGGACCAAUACCUGGCCUACUGCUCAGACGCCAUGUUCCGCAUCCACGUCCUCAAGCUGCGCCUCAAUAGGCAUAAAGAUCGGGCUACGCAGAAGUACCUCGCUCUGGAUGAGAAGCUCAGACGGGACCAUAGGCUUGCCCCCCUCCUGUAGACACCAAAGACUCCCUCUCCCCAUCAGAUGCCCACAUUACUUGUGUGGCCUUGUGAACCAACCAUGAGACAAUCACUCCAACCACACAUUACCAUUACCCCACCUUUUUUGUUUGUUUUGUUUAGUUUGAAUGUCAACUGCUUUACUUAUAGUCUUAGAAUCUGCUCCUAAAAAUACUGUCCAGAAUAUUGUAUUUGAAAUUGUAUAUGAAAUAAAACUAUGAGAUUGAUCUUGGAAAUAAGAGACAAAAAGAA